AUGCCUACCACACUUCUUUUCUUCACUCUCGUUUUCUUCGCCGCUCGUCUCCAACCCACUCACGCCACUCAUCCGCAACUCAUUCAACUCCCUCCACCCACUAACCACCACCCAGAGAACAACUCUGACUCUUCAGACACCACCCGCUUGAACCAUAACUCCUCCACUUCCAACCCCACCCUCAACAACCCUCGCAUCCAAAACCCCCACCCCGACCCAACAAACCUCACCACCGCCUCCCACCUACAAAUGCACACACACCCGGUCUCCGACCCAUCCGCCACAGACCUCUCGCCUCGCAUUGCCACCAUCACCGCUCUGCUCAACGAAAAGACCGCCCUGCUGAACGCCCUCUCCAUCCACUCCGCGCGCCGCCAGCACGCCAUCGACUCUCUGCACGACUCCAUGCACCGCAAAAACACCAUCCUGCUGGAGACACGCACCGCCGACGACCUGAAAGACGACCUCCACCUCCACAUCGCCCAGCUCACCAACCGCCUGGCGCGCUACGAGCGGACCCUCACCAUCCUCACCGACCAAGAGUACGACGCGAAGAGGGCCGUCGACAGGCUCCGCGGCCACGUCUUUUCGCUCAUGCGCCACAACGCACGUCUGGCAGACGCCCUGCGAGAGCGCGGCCUGGAGCACUGGGUCGAGAACUCCGUCAAGGACACCGUCGGACCCUUCGUGUCUGACGCCCUCGUCCAAGGCACGGCCUCGGUCGUCGAGCCGGUGCUUGAUGGAAUUGAGACACUCGCACUCGUCAAUGGCCACCUGUCGGACACCAUGAAGCAGACGUUGCGCCAUCGCGUGCCCAUUGUCGAGAAGCCAUUUUACGCCGGCUUUGUCACUUACGUCGUCCUGCUCGCCCCUACUGUCCUGGUUGCUAGCCUUGUGAUGAAAGUGAAGAGGGGCAUCUCAAGACUUUCGCUGCGUCAUGUCGUCAUUCUUGGAAACCUUUACUUUCUUCUGCUCAGUGCCGGUUGCUUCGUCGCCACUCUGCUCGGCGCCGUCGAUGUCUUGUUUACGUUUCGCCACUACAAUCUCAGAUUCUUUGACUUUGCCAUGGUCAUACACGGCCUUUUGUAUGUCUCGCACGUCUUCGGCCAAGUCCGGCUCUUGUGGCUAACCAGAGAGAGGGGCGGUAUCAUUCACGUUUUGCUUCUAUGCAUCGUCGGUUUGCACUUUUUCGUACAUUCAUACAGACAUGCCAUGCAUCACGAAGACCCUCACGUAGACAAAAGGGCCUAUCUUUUCUACACUGGAAUUUUUCUUUUCGUUCUCUACGAAUCCACAUCGAAGCUACUGCGACAGCAACGCGACAGCACGGACAUGAAACUCAACAACACCUCGAUAUCUACAGCUACUGCCAGGCUGGAGAGAGAGGCUGCGGCGCGUGCCGCCACAGUGCUCCCCAUGAUGGAAUCUUCCCCAACGGAAUCUUCCACGAGAAUAUCAUUUUUAAACCAGCCAGUGAACCAAAGUCCCGCAGCGGCUCCAAACGUUCAGAGUCUUCAAGCGCAGACCGGCAGCGCAUCGUCAAGGCAUGUCGUGUCAGGCUUUCCGCGCGAUGUGGGAUCAUCUUCUUCUAUUUUGGGGAAUGGCCACGGGCUUCUCUCUUCGGAUUCGAAGGCGGCCCGUGACUUGUAG